CACUUGCUCCGUUAACAUCAUAAACAGAAGGAAGAAAAAAGGGACAAAUUACCGUCCAAUUUAACAGAAGUCCUGAUGCCAUUUUCUUGAACAAUGUCAUCAUUUAACUUAAGCAUCAGUAAUUUCAGUCUCAAGAUGGAAGUAACCGAAGACCAGCCCAGAGACGAGAAGCUGGCCAAAAUUGAAAUUGCGCUUCUGAGCGUCAUCUUCGUGAGCGCCGCAAUCCUGAACACUGGACUGCUGCUGGUGUUGUGGAAGAGACGAAAACAGGUCUCUAGAAUGCGUGUCUUUGUUUUUCAUUUAUGUGUGGCAGAUCUGGUGGUCGCAUUUUUCCAAGUUUGCCCUCAGCUGAUGUGGGACAUAACGGACAGGUUCAUUGGACCCGACGUUGUGUGUCGACUACUGAAGUAUCUGCAAGUCGUCGGCAUGUUCGCGUCCACAUACAUGAUUGUCGUCAUGACCAUUGACCGCUAUCAGGCAAUCUGCAACCCCAUGGUCACUUUCCAAAGAAGGCGAGCACGCUGGAACAUCCCCGUGUGUGUGGCGUGGGUUAUAUCCCUCAUCGGCAGUCUCCCACAGAUCUUCAUCUUUUCCAGGGUUGAAAUCUCUCCCGGAGUCUUUGACUGUUGGGCGACCUUCAUACAACCCUGGGGACUAAAAACGUAUGUGACCUGGACAACUUUGGUCAUUUUUGUUGUGCCCAUCCUCGCCGUAAUAGUGUGCCAGGUGCGAAUCUGCCGAGCCGUCCAGAUCAACCUGUACAUCAAGACGCACCAAGAAGGGGGUACCGCUGCAGCCCACCCGUUGCCCUCCAGAGCCAGCAGCGUGGCAGGAGUGUCAAAAGCCAGAAUCAAAACCGUGAAGAUGACGGUUGUGAUUGUGCUCGCCUACAUUAUUUGCUGGGCUCCAUUUUUCACAGUCCAGCUGUGGUCCGUUUGGGACCUAAACGCCCCCACUGAAACCGCGGCUUUCACCAUCCUGAUGCUGUUAGCCAGCCUGAACAGCUGCGCUAAUCCUUGCAUUUACCUGCUCUUCAGUGGUCAGCUGCCUAAGAAGUUGGUGGCGGUCCUGUGUCGUGGCCCGUCCGACCGUAAAGAUUGCCUGCACGAAGAAGCCACGAUGGUCAGCUCUCUCUACAUGAGCUUCAAAGUUCUGCCAGACUCCAGAUAA